AUGAUCAGUAGAUAACAAGAAAUUCCAAGCAACCAACAAAGCAAAAGCUUUCCCAAUAAUCAUAGAUUUCCCAGAUUUCAAGAAGGUCAAGAAUCCAACAUUGCAGAAAAUUCAAGUCAAGUGUCCAAGAGCAAAAAACAGAGAGCAUCUUCAAAAGUGAUAAGAUAACUUGAUGCAUUUGCAAAUGGAAGGCUAGAAAAAGCAGUAAGCAAAGCAUCUUCAACAAUAACAAGAAAUCUCAUGCAUAAUACGCAGCUGCACCAGAAGGGCACUAUAAAUAUUGGUCACCGCCAGAGUCCUCUGUAUUCAAAGCCAACAUAUCCUCCUUCAAUCCCUCAAGCAACUCAAGAGCGGUUUUUAGCGUUCCUUCACCAACAAUCAAGAAAUGGCAGAAGGCGUUCUCUUCGACAUUGCUGCACGAAUCAUCGAGAGCUUCGGCUCCCUGGCUCUCAAAGAGAUUGGCCUGCUCUGUGGUGUCACAGAUGAGCUUGAGAAGCUCAAGAACACCGUUUCGACAAUCCAAGCCGUGCUUCUUGAUGCUGAGGAGCAACGGGCACUGAACAACCAUCAAGUUAGAGAUUGGCUUGAAAAGCUGAACGAUGUCAUUUAUGAUGUAGACGACUUGCUGGACGGUUUCUCCACUGAAUGUCAGUUGCGAGAGAUGAUGACUCGGGAUAAGAUGGCAAAAAAGGUACGAAUCUUCUUCUCCAAAUCAAACCCGCUUGUCUAUGAUCUGAAAAUGGGCCAUAGGAUUAAAACGAUUAGACAGAAGUUAGAUGCCAUCGCAAAUGAUAGGAAAUUCCACUUGGAGGAACGCCCUGUGGAGAUAGGAGUCAGGGCUAGGAAGAGGGAUGAUACUCAUUCCUUUGUACCCGAGGCAGAAGUUAUUGGUAGAGAGGAUGCCAAGAAGGAGAUCACAGAUAUACUUCUUUCUGAUUCCAAUGUUAAAGAGAAUGUAGGAAUCCUUCCGAUUACUGGCAUCGGAGGAUUAGGAAAGACCACACUAGCUCAAUUCAUAUUUAAUGAUUUGAAAGUAGAUAAACAUUUUCAGCUAAAAAUGUGGGUGUGCGUCUCUGAUACUUUUGAUGUUAGAAAAGUUGUUGAAAAAAUCCUAGAAUCGGCAACAAAAAAGAAACCAGACAGUGUUGAAAUGGAUACACUGGUGCAUGGUCUUCGAAAAGAAAUUGUUGGAAAUAAAUACUUACUUGUGUUGGAUGAUGUUUGGAAUGAGGAGGUUGGAAAAUGGGAUGAAUUGAAAAAACUAUUGAUGAGUGGUGCAAGUGGGAGUAGAAUAUUAAUAACUACACGAAGUAAAAGAGUUGCACAAAUUACCCAAACAAUUGAACCAUAUUCCUUACAGGGUUUAGACAGCCAGAAGUCAUGGUCUUUAUUUAAGCAAGUGGCAUUUGAUAACGGAGAAGAGCCAGUGAAUUCUAGAAAAGUGGAAGUUGGAAAGGAGAUUGUAGAAAAGUGUUCAGGUGUCCCUCUUGUCAUCAAAACAAUUGGAAGGUUACUGUCCUUGGAAAAUUCUGAAGCAGAGUGGGUUUCUUUUAACAACAAUAAACUGCAAAAAAUAAAAGAAGAUAAAAUCAUACCAACUCUUAAGCUGAGUUAUGAUCAACUUCCAUCACAUUUGAAACAAUGCUUUGCUUAUUGUAGUAUAUUUCCGAAGGAUUACGUGAUGAAGAAAUCAAAAUUGAUAAAUCUAUGGAUAGCACAGGGGUUUAUCAAGCAAUCCAAUCAAAAUGAAUGUCUUGAAGAUGUUGGUCAUGAGUAUUUCAUGGAUUUACUUUGGAGAUCUUUCUUUCAAGAAGCUGAAAUGGAUGAUUUGGGAAACGUGAUUGUGAGUAAAAUGCACGACCUCAUGCAUGAUCUUGCAAUGUCAGUGGCAGGAUCAUUGAUCACCAGAUUAGAAUCUAAGGAAAAAAUCAUUGGUGAUCAGAAAACUCGGCACAUAUCAGUUGUCAACAAUAUAGAUCUUUCCUUUAUAAUUCCAACUUUGACAUCUAAAGCCAGUAGGAUUCGAACACUUCUUUUGGUUGGUGAAUGCUGGUAUUCGCAAGAGUCAAGUACUUCAUGUGAAGCAAUCUUUUCAAAUUUGAAGAUCUUGCGAGUGCUAGGUUUACAUGGAAGAGGGCUUGAUUUAGUACCAAGUUCCAUAUGUAAGUUGAAGCAUUUAAGAGAUCUUGAUCUUUCAGGGAAUGAUAAAAUCGAGAAGUUGCCCGAUUCCAUAACUAGGUUGCAAAAUUUGUAUACACUAAGACUCUCUAAUUGCGAAAGGCUUAAAGAAUUGCCUAGAGGAAUUAUGAAAUUAGUCAACCUCAGGCAUCUUUACAAUGAUGGAUGUUGGAGUUUGACUUAUAUGCCAGGUGGAUUGGGGCAACUGACAAAUCUCCAGACAUUAUUUAAGUUUGUUGUCCACUCUGAUUCGGCCCCAGAGGAUAGUGGCAGGUUAAGCGAGCUAAAUAGACUAAAUAGCUUAAGAGGAGAAUUAGAGAUUUGGGGUUUGAGAAGUCGGGAGGAAGACGUGGCAUUAGACUAUAAGGGUGCAAAUCUAAAGAAGAAAGAACAUCUUCAGGUUUUGACUUUACAUUGGAGGGAAGAAAACAGAGAAAAUGUUAUUAAUGCAGGUGAUGAAAUGGCCUUGGAAGGAUUUGAACCUCACCCAAAUCUUAAAGAGCUGCAGAUAUCUAAUUAUAGGGGUGUGAGGGUUCCGAUGUGGCUUUUGUCACUCACAAAUCUUGUUCACUUGGUUUUAUGGGGUUGUAUGAGAUUGAAAUAUUUGCCACCAUUGAGUGGACUACCCUUUCUUAAGAGUAUUGAACUGAGCGGACUUAAAGAAAUAGAGUACGUAUCAGAUUGUAGUGACAACAAUGAGUUAUCUUUAUCUUCUUUUUCUUCAUCAGAAUUGUUUCCAUCUCUUGAGAGGAUGAUCCUCUUUAACUGUCAUAAUCUGAAGGGUUGGUGGAGGAGGAGUGACUCUUAUAAUGUGGAUGUCAAUACCAUUGAUCAUGAAAAUGCUUUACUAUUCCUUCGUCUUUCAAAAUUAUCAAUAAUCAAAUGCCCUCUGUUGACUUCAUUGCCAAUGUUUCCACAUCUGGAAGAAUAUUUACACCUAAGGAAUGCCAGGUGGAAGGUAGUGCAACAAACAAUAACGAAUGCCUCCUCCUCCGCUUCCUCUACACCCAUUGCCUUUUCAUCUCCUCCUCUCUCCAAAUUGAGGAAAAUAUCCUUAAAUCAAAUUGAGGAUCUAGAAACACUGCCAGUGCAAAACCUCAUAUCUCUCCAGAGUUUGAACAUAAUGUUUUGCCCUAAAUUAGAGUCUCUCUCCCAAGGUGUACAAUAUCUCACUGCACUUACAGAUCUGGACGUUCUCUAUUGUCCCGUGCUUGAUCUAGGCAAUGAUGAGCAUGGUAUGCAAUGGAAAGGGCUUAAAAGCCUCACCACUUUGAAGUUUAAAAGUAUUCCGAAAUUGGUGUCUCUCCCGUUGGGGCUUCAACAUGUUACCACUCUACGAGAGCUCCGAAUCUCAAAUUGUUCAAGCUUGAUGACUAUACCAGAGUGGAUAUGCAAUUGGACAUCACUUGAGCGGUUCACGAUUUCUAGAUGCUCUGGUUUAACAUCACUGCCUGAAGCAAUGAGUAGGCUAACCUCUUUGAAAGUGUUGACAAUUCAUGAUUGCCCCAUCUUAUUACAAAGAUGCGAACAAGACGGAGGUGAGGAUUGGCCCAAGAUUGCUCACAUCCCAAAGCUGGAGUACUCUGAUCCUGGUCCUGGACAGAUGAGACACUACUUUGAGUAAAGAAGAAACAGGGGAGAGGGAUUGAGAGUUUGCAAAAAAAUCUAAUGCACUGCGUCUUCUACAAGUAAAUAAGUUAGUUAUGAUUACCUCGCUUUCUUUAUUGCUUUUUUCUUCCCUAUUCAAAUAAGAAAUAUCACCGUAUGCAUGAUUCUUCACAUCCAGGAGAAUAGUAAGGAGGAGGAAGAAGAGCAAAGGGAAGAAAUAUAGGAGGCCGCAAUGUUGAGGUUGUCUAAUUUCACGACAACAAUUUGAACAGGGCCUGCAUGUUUCUUAGCAUGGAAAGUGAUGGUAAUUUGAUUUUUGCUGAACUUGGGAUGAUACUGAUCAUUCUUUUGUACCUGAGGCAGAAGUUAUUGGUAGAAAGAAUGACAAGAAGAAGAUCAUAGAUAUACUUCUUUCUAAUUCCAAUGUUAAAGAGAAUGUAGGAAUCCUUCUGAUUAUAUACUGGCAUCAGAGGAUUAGGAAAGACCACACUAGCUCAAUUCAUUUUCAAUGACCAGACGAUCCAAACAUAUUUUCAGUUAAAAAUGUGGGUUUG